UCGGACGUAAGGACUCUCGUUCGUAUUCGUCGAAUGCACGAAAGAGUACGGAGAGUCCUGCCACUGUUCGGGCGCGGUAAUCUGCACUGAACUUCUGGAUUACCGUAUCGCCCUUCACAUUUACGAAGGCGGCAAAAAAUUUAAUUGAUCGCGGAUUGCAUGCGAUAAUCGUGCCGCCCAUUCGAUUGCGUAACGUUCCGACAAGGAGCCUGUGAGCUUCGACAUCCGUUAUGUAACUUCUUCCUCAAUAAUUGCUACCUCAAACAUUCACAUCUCGAUAUUCCUUGUAAGGAAAUAAUUCUAGUUGCAGAUGUUUAAUAUCAAAUACAAAAUAUGCUCAUUACUCGGUAUUUUGUUGAGACACGAUUUCGCUUACGUGAUCUCAGAAGUCGCCGUAGACGUUUUCUUCAAACUUCAAACGUCUCGUAUCUUGCCUCACGCAAUAUCGUUUUCAUUUCUCGUUAUACCUUUGUCGAAUGCUCGCGCAUGCAGGAUUUAAGAAUCGCCUAACGACAACCAAAGCCACAUUGUUAUAGAAACGAUUGCGUGCGCGGUCGCGAUCUUAUCUGUUCUCGCGUCAGCUUCGGCAACGAUUGCGAAAUGUGCCACGGGUGGAGACAAAGAGAGAAAGAAAGAGAGAGAGAGAGAGAAAGAGAGAGAGAAAAAGAGAAAGAUCGUUUGAACUUCUCACAGGAUAAAUUCUCGCGUCGCACAGCAUCUGGCGCAGCUCGUUAUCCUCUGCCUUCUGCCGAAUCCUCGCAUUCCCACAUCUUUCUCGUCUGCAUAUGCACGAGCGGCUUUCGCGGUUUCCCUCGGAAUUUCACCGCAGCGAUGAUUCGACCGAUACCCCUCGAAGUAUCCCGACCAGAAAUAAUCGUACAAUCUCACUCGCAUAAUCUCACCCGUCCAUUUGCAUUAUUUAUGCUUUCGCGUUGCACUUCAAGGGCCGCGCGUUCCGCGGAGUACAUAAUAAACGUGCUCCUUUUUUUUCCCAUCACGUAUCGCGAUUUGCAAGGUGAGGACACGCGCGGAUUCGCGCGGCCAUACGAUCAAGGGCUCCAUCGGUCGGCACUUGCAUCGGCAAGUGCAGGCACCGUGUUCGCGAUUACAGGACAAAUCGCAAUCGUGUGGCACCGUGGUGGCGUCGCGCCAGGCAUCGCCUCGCAACGCAUAACUUACUCGCGCGAGCCGACUAUUACUUCAUGCGCGUUGACCUUCUCGUAUGCGAGGAGGCGCCUCUCGGCGUCGCGGAUGCAACGACCGAGGAGAUUGACGAAGAGGCGGCGUGUUACUGAGCGACCGCGAGUGGUUUCCUCAGAGAAACCGGCUGCGCGCUAUCGAUAUCGAUUAAUCCCAGAACGAUAA